AUGGCAAAUUGGGGAAUGUUCGAAGCAUACCGCCAGAGGAAGAAAAGGUUAGCGAUCACGUACGAUGGACUGAGCGAUGGGCUCAAGAAUGGUGUCGAUAUCGAAGUACUUGAAGGAAACAAAUGGUUCAAGCUUCCUCGUGAUUAUGGAGAAAAAUACAAAGAUAAUGGCCAGCGCAUUACACCAGAGGAGGGAACAGCUCGGCUCCGAUCGUCCAAAGAUCAUAUCGAUUGCUUAGUCGUUUCAUGCAAGUCAAAUCACGCGUUUCUAGGUAUUCGCUCUCUUGCAUACCGCCUCUCGUCAAAGUCAACCAUCUUGAUCACUCAAAACGGUCUGGGUAUCGUGGAAAGACUCAACCGAUUCAUCUUCACAAACCCGAGCGUACGCCCUAAAUACCUCCAUGCCGUUUUCAGCCACGGUUUGGAUAAGAAGGAUAUGUACCAAGUCAAGUAUAAAAAGGUUGGAAUGACGAAUAUCGCUCCUCCAGUCACAGCGGGUGAGGUCUCCCUGAUGAAGCCAGAGGAUGACACCACUUGGGAGCCCUCUACGAAAUACUUGGCUCGCCUUUUCACCCUAACCCCAAGCCUGGCUGCCAUUGUGAAUACGCCUACCAACGUUCUCAUGUACCAACUUGAGAAACUCGCUGUCAGCUGUGUGAUUGAACCAUUGACUGCGAUAAAUGAUUGCCGAAAUGGCGACCUACUUUAUGUCGAGAGUGUCUCCCGCAUUAUGAGAUUACUUCUCUUCGAGAUCUCAAGGGUCAUUUUGGCUCUUCCUGAAUUGCAAGGGGUUCCCGGACUGGAAGAUCGAUUUGAACCCGAGCGUUUGCGCCGAAUGGCCGUUUUCGUGCUCAAUCAAACCCGAGAUAAUACCAGUACGAUGCUCCACGACGUUCGGAGCCGGAAAGGGACGGAAAUCGAAUAUUUGAACGGAUACAUCGUGCGCCGUGGCGAAGAAUUGGGUAUCACAUGUGUGCUGAAUUACAUGAUAAAACAUCAGAUUCAUGGCAAACAAGUCAUCAACAAUCGCCAGGAAGCUGAAGCAAUUCCAAUUGAUGCCGGCUCCAGGUCAACCGACAGCCACCAUUUGACUGGUCUCCAUCUAAAUCCUAUACCAGGGAAGAACACACAGCCGCCUCAAUCAAUCGACAAUGAUCAUAUCAAAUUCGAAUCGCCGUGA